AUGGAUGUAGAUUAUAUGUAUGCUCCUUUUGGUCGUCCACCUUCAAGAUUAGGUCGUCAUACUAAUUCUAUGCACUCCGGUUCAAAAAAAUCAAGAAGAAAAUCUUCUGCUACAUCUUUAACUCGAUUAAAAGUUGAUAAUUCUUUCCUAAAAAAUCAAAAUAUUAAACUUUUAUUGGAACUUGAACAUUCUAGAUUAACUAUUCAAGCUUUAAAAAAUAUUGUUAAUCAAAAAGAGUCUACCUUACAAAGUUAUCGUAAUGAAAAUCAAAAGGCUAUACUAAAAAUUAGAGUUUUAGAGGCUUUGAUAUUUAGUAAACAUGCCAAGGAUGGAAGUAUAAUCGUUAGAAGUGGCGGUGGCAGUGUAAACGAAAACGGGUUAUCUACCUGUGAAAAAGUUGAUAAAGUUGAUAAUAAGUUUGAUAAUAAGUUUGAUAAUAAGUUUGAUAAUAAGUUUGAUAAAGCUGAUAAAGUUGACAAAAUUGUAAACGAUGAUACAAAUCUUGUUGAUAAUUCUGUUCAACCUACUACAAAUCAAGAAAAUCAACCUAUCAAAAAAUCUAAAGAAAAAUCUCUUAAAAAGGUUUCUUCUCCUGCUGGGUCUUCUCCUCCUGGUUCUACUAAAAUUAAUCAUCCUCGUUCUAAUAAUAAUAAUUCCCCUCCUCAAUCUACUAAACAAUCUACUAAAAAUUCCUCUCUUUCACAACCUUCACAACCUUCUUCACCUUCUCAACUUGCUUCUUUAUUCCAAAUCACUACCGCUUCUGAUGAUAUUGAUGUACCAAUAUCACCAUCGCAUUCUUCUUCACGUAAUCGUCAUUCUAUAUCUCCAACUUCUUCGUCUACCGUUUAUGCUGGUAGUGCUACGAAUGAUUCAAAAUCUCGUGGUAUGCCACGUUUAUUUAGACGUAAAACUGGUGAUUUAAUUCAAACUUUAGCUUCAUGUCGUCCUACUAGUACAAAAAAUGGUUACGAUUUUUCUCCACCGACUACUCCAAUUCCAUUAGAUAAUCAUGAAUUAAGUGAUGAUAAUAAUGUUGAGGAGUCAGAAGUGGAUGAGAUUUGCGAAAAUAGUGUGAAUAUAGAUGAAAAUAUUAUUAUUGACGAAAAAUUACAAAGACAGAGAAAGUUGGGUCAAGGUUUAUUGAGUAAAAUAUUUUCUUCUACAUCUUUUCCAUCUACGAUAUCAACUACGCCAGCCGCUCGCGGGUCGUUAAGUCGUUGA